AGGUGGUGGUCCGCCAUUUCGUGGACGCCAGGGAACGGAGAGCAUCUGCUAAAGCAGAUCCCGAAGUGCGCGGGUGGGCCUGACGGAGUGUUGGGGUUUGAACCUCGGUGUUUGAACCCAGGAUCUCGAAAUGCAUCGUGAUUCCUGUCCACUAGAUUGUAAGGUGUAUGUAGGUAAUCUUGGAAACAAUGGGAACAAGACUGAACUAGAGCGGGCUUUUGGCUAUUAUGGACCACUUCGAAGUGUGUGGGUUGCUCGGAACCCUCCUGGCUUUGCUUUUGUUGAAUUUGAGGAUCCCCGAGAUGCAGCUGAUGCUGUCCGAGAGCUGGAUGGAAGAACACUAUGUGGCUGUCGUGUGAGAGUGGAACUGUCGAAUGGUGAAAAAAGAAGUCGCAAUCGUGGCCCGCCACCCUCUUGGGGCCGUCGCCCUCGAGAUGAUUAUCGAAGGAGGAGUCCUCCACCUCGGCGAAGAUCUCCAAGAAGGAGAAGCUUCUCUCGAAGCCGGAGCAGGUCACUUUCUAGAGAUAGGAGAAGAGAAAGGUCUCUGUCUCGGGAGAGAAACCACAAGCCAUCUCGGUCUUUCUCUAGGUCUCGAAGCCGAUCUAGGUCAAAUGAAAGGAAAUAGAAGACCAGCUUGCUAAAGAAGUGGUGUACAGGAAAUAACUUCAUUUGACAGGAGUAUGUACAGGAAAUUCAAGUUUUGUUUGAGACUUCAUAAUCUUGGUGCAUUUUUAAGAUGUUUUAGCUGUUCAAAUUUGCUUUGAACUUUAGUUUUUCAUAGACUGAAAUAAACCUAGAUCCUGCCCAGUUAAAGUGUGAUGUGCUAAUGAUACAGAAACCACUGGUGGAAAUGGAAUAAAGCUCUAGUUUGUCUAGUAGCUGGGAUAUGGUGUGGAGCUGUGGGUAAAAUGAUAGGCAGUCUUUAAAAGCUGUUAGUGAACACUAGCUAACAGGUAAAGGAUGGGAACUGCACCCUGAAGGCUUUCAGAGGUUCCUUACUGAUUGCUAUAUAUGGACGCAUAGCUGCAACAUUCUUUAUUUGGAAAUGGAAGACUUUAAGUUACCAGUGUCCUAUCAGUGUAAGGGUACAUUGUAGAGCUGAACCUUUGAGUUACUGUGCAAGAUUUCUUUUUCAUGCUGUCAUUUGUAAUAUGUUUGUGAGAAUCCUUGGGAUUAAAGUUUUGGUUACAAAUUGUUGUUUAACUUGAAAGCUUGUUUUUCCUUGCACACUCAAAAUCUGUGAGCUUGGUAUCAAGUCCAAGUAUAACAUUCCUAUUGGAAGCCAUACUUAUAUUUUCUUGUAAAGUGCUUUUGGAUUAAUAAAAUACUAGCAUAAUUGUGUAGUAGUCAGUUGAGUGAACCCACUGUUACAGUUGUUCUCAUCCCUGGGGAAGCAGUUGGUUAUCCAGUUCUUUCUUUGUAAGAAGCAUAACUAAGAGGCGCGGGAUUAAGUGAAUACAUUUUUUUCCUUUGAUGUCACCUUCUAAGUCAUUUUUUAGGAAUUGAAGCCAGUUCAGGAUCAUGACACUGACAUUUUAAAGUAGCAUCAGUGUGGUAUAUUGUAACUCUUAAGUGGCUUUUAUCUUCAGCAUGAAAACAUUCAACAAAGUUUUAAAAAUUGGUUUUAUUUUAUAACGAGGUCUUGCAUGGGAUUCCAAACUGACCCAUCAUGAUGUAAACUCCAUCAUAUGGUUAAAUGUAAUGAUGCACAGUUGAAUAUGGAGGCAUGCAUACCCUUUCUCUUAGAAAUCUGGAGGAGUUGUGGUUUCAGAUUUUUUUGUGUAUAAUUAGAUUAAAUCAUAAUGCAACAGU